AUUUCCAAUUUUUCUUCUCUGUGACCCUCUUCGACUAAAUACUCUCUCUCUCUCAAAUGACUUCUUCUGCCUCCAUUGAUGCACCUUCAAACACCUCCAAUUCUUUCUCUUUCAUGUCUUCUUACUCCGACAAACCUCCGCCCACCCGAACCGGCGGACUUGCUGCUCGAAUCGCCGAAAGAAUUGGCUCCGGUGUACCCAAAUUCAAGUCAAUUCCUCCACCUUCACUACCCAUCUCACCGCCGGCGGUCUCACCUUCUUCUUACUUCUCUAUACCACCAGGUCUAAGCCCAGCUGAGCUUCUCGAUUCCCCUGUUCUUCUUUCUUCUUCAAACAUUUUACCAUCUCCGACCACUGGUUCUUUCCCAUUUCAUGCUUUCAAUUGGAAGAAUCUAAGCAACAACAUCCAAAAUCAAGAACAGAGCAUCAAAAAGGAGCAAAAAAGCUUCUCAGAUUUCUCUUUUCAACCACAAUCAAAUUCAAAUCACGCCACUGAACAACCAUGGGAUCAUCAGAAACCCAGAGAUGAAGAUGAACAAGCUUUUAUCCAAUCAGAACACCCACCUCUGAUGCAAUGCUUCUCUCCUGAAAUCUCCACAAUUCAAACAGAUUCAAAUUCAAGUUUUCAAUCAGGUUAUGCCAACAAUUUCAACAAUCAAUCGACUCAGAAGAAAUCAGAAGAUGGAUAUAAUUGGAGAAAAUAUGGGCAAAAACAGGUGAAAGGAAGCGAAAACCCAAGAAGUUAUUACAAGUGCACGUAUCCAAAUUGUUCGAUGAAGAAGAAACUGGAGACGAAUUCCGAUGGUCAGAUUACAGAAAUUGUUUACAAGGGUAAUCAUAAUCAUCCGAAACCUCAAUCUACUCGAAGAUCAUCCUCUUCAUCGGCUUCCAAUACUUUACAGACUGGUCAAGUUUCCGGUAAUCAUGAGUUUCAGGAUUACCCUGAUCAGAGUUAUGCUUCUCAUGGAUCUGGGCAGUUUGAUUCUGUAGCAACACCGGAAAAUUCUUCACUUUCCGUCGGAGAUGAUGAAUUUGACCGGAGUAGUUGUCAGAGGAGUAGGUCCGGUGGGGAUGAGCUUGAUGAAGACGAACCUGAAGCCAAAAGAUGGAGGGCAUCAGAAAACGAAGGAAUAUCGAUGAUUGGAGGAACUAGGACUGUAAGAGAACCAAGAGUCGUGGUUCAAACCACAAGUGAUAUCGACAUACUUGAUGAUGGUUAUAGAUGGAGAAAAUACGGUCAAAAAGUAGUGAAAGGAAAUCCUAAUCCGAGGAGUUAUUAUAAAUGCACAAGUCCUGGUUGUUCGGUCAGAAAACACGUAGAGCGAGCAUCUCAAGACUUGCGAUCAGUGAUAACAACCUAUGAGGGAAAACACAACCACGACGUCCCAAUGGCUCGUGGGUCUGGUCAUCGCUUGCCACCCACCACCAUGGCAAUUAAGCCGACGACAGUCUCCCAUUACCAACCCAACAACUCAAUGGUCGAUCCGAUUCGUGGAUCCAGGCGUCCUCCGUCAUCCGAGGAUCAAGCACCAUUUACACUCGAGAUGUUGCAGAGUCCCGGAAGUUUCAAAUUUUCGAGAUUUGAAAAUGCACUGAGGGCAAAUUACGUUGAUCAACAACAAGAUUCGGAAAGAGCGUUUUCCGGAGCCAAGGACGAACCUCGAGAUGACUUUUUCUUGGAGUCGUUGCUAUUCUGAAGUUCUUUUCUAAGGAGGGUUGAUAAUCACACUUAAUAAUAAUACUUAAAGGGGUUAAAUAGAAUAUUUAUAAGAAUGAUUCUUUUGUUGUUUAAUACUUCCAUUGCCAAUUUGUUUGUUGUGUGAAUAAUUUUUGGUAAAAAAUUACAAUAGAAGCGUAUCGACCUUUUUA